AUGGAGCCCGCCCCGCGCGCCCCGGGACGCAGGGCUGCGGGGAGGCGGCGGCUGCUCGGGGCGGCCGCGGCCGCCAAGGGGCUGCGGGAGGACCUGAGGGGCCUGUCCCGGACUCCGAAGCAGGAGGGGCCGCGGGAGGACGAGGAGGCGGCAGCAGCCGGACACGAGUUCCUGCUGCCAAAUAAGAGAAGCUUCCAGAAUGCUGCUAAAAGCAAUAAUUUGGAUCUUAUGGAGAAGCUGUUUGAAAAGAAGGUUAACAUUAAUGCUGUGAACAAUAUGAACCGCACAGCCCUGCAUUUUGCAGUGGGGGCAAACAAUUUAUCUGCUGUGGAUUUCUUGCUUAAUCACAAGGCCAGGGUGGAUGUUGCUGAUAAGCAUGGCUUGACAGUAAUUCACCUUGCAGCCUGGUCUGGAAGCCUUGAGAUCAUGCUCAUGCUGGUUAGAGCUGGAGCAGACCGGAGAGCCAGGAAUCAGGAUGGAAUGAAUGCCCUGCACUUUGCAGCUCAGAGCAAUGGUGUGCGCAUUGUGGAGUACCUCAUUCAAGACCUGCACCUGAAGGACCUGAACCAGCCGGAUGAGAAAGGAAGAAAACCAUUUCUUUUGGCAGCGGAGAGGGGACACGUUGAAAUGAUAGAAAAACUCAUGGCCCUUAACCUGCAUACUUCAGAAAGGGACAAGGAGGGGAACGCUGCCCUGCACCUCGCAGCAAAGAAUGGUCACAGCCCUGCAGUCUGGGUGCUGCUCACCCAGUGGCAAGAAGUAAAUGAGACCAAUGAGAAUGGCGAAACACCAUUCUUCCUAGCUGUUGAAGGAGGUCAUGAAGAAUGCAGCAAAGUGCUCUUGGCAGCUGGAAGUGAUAUCAACAUUCCAAAUAAACUCAGUAUCAGUGCUUUGCAGACAGCAGCCCGGAAUGGCCACGCAUCCCUUGUCAGCUUUCUUCUCAGUGAGAACGUUGAUCUGCACCAUAAGGUGGAACCUAAGGAGUCCCCUCUUCAUUUAGCUGUUAUCAACAACCAUAUUACAGUGGUGAACAGCUUAAUAAGUGCACAGCAUGAUAUUGAUGUCUUAAAUCAGAGGCAGCAAACCCCUUUGCACAUAGCUGCUGAUCUUGGAAAUGUGGAACUGGUGGAGACCCUGCUGAAGGCGGGCUGUGACCUGAAGGUUGUUGAUAAGCACGGGAAGACUGCCCUGGCCCUGGCCGCCAGGAGCAACCACAGCCUCGUUGUGGACAUGCUCAUUAAAGCCGAGCGCUACUGCGCCUGGAGAGAGGAGCGUGGGGAGAACGUCAGGGACCCACCCACCAGCUUUACUCUGACAUUCAAGCAAGACCACAGUCCGGAGACCAGGCACAUUCGCAGUCUCCUCUGGGACCUGGCUUACCAUCAGCUGAAGGCCAGUGAGUGGCAGAGGCAGGCCCGUUCGUGGCACUUUACAGACGCCCAGAUCAGAGCCAUCGAGGAGCAGUGGGCAGGGGAGGAGAGCUUCCGUGAGCACGGCCACAGGGCUCUGCUCAUCUGGCUGCACGGGGCCCUGGUGACACAGGCCACGCCGGUCAAGCACCUGUACGAAGAGCUGGUGCACGCGGGCUUCCCAGAACUAGCUGAAAAGAUUUGUCAGUUCAAAAGUGAAACUGACUCAAGGCCCAAGAAGUGUGCAGUUUCAUAAAUGCGUGAAGCAAUUUUAUUUAAAUGAUUUUGCACCCUGUAUUCAGUCCUCUUAAAUUCAGUUCUUUAAAUGCCAUAAAGGUCUUACAGCAGUAGUACUGAUUUUCCUUUCAGCUAUGAAGAUGGUGGUGACAGGACUCUCUGAAAGAGGGAAAAAUGGUACUACUCUCUAACCACUGAAAAGUGAAACAUUUUUUGGGUUUUGCCUAAUUGGGGCAAGUUGGGUAUGAUCUUCCCAUUUCUGUCAUUUGAUGCAACAUAAUAUGUGAUCGCAUGUCUAGUGAUGGCAUAACCUAGGAUUUUGUACAUCAUGUUUUAAAAAAUAAUGGUGGGAGCAUCAUGGUGUGUGAACCAAGGGUCUUAGAAUAGACAGUCGUGGUUUCGCCACUCACUAGCUGCAAGGCUUUGGGCGUGCUAAUGGUCCAAGUUCUCAGAUCUUCAGCUUCCUUCUCUGUAAGUUGGGGAAAAGGUCUGUCUCUUCUGUAAUGCUGAGGUGAAGAUGAAGGGAGAACACUUGUG